AGUGGCAAAAAGGAGCCGCACGAACAAGUCUGAGAGGAACAACUCAGGAAGAACUUUCGCUUCUUAUUUUCUCCAGACAGUCUCUCUCUUUUUUUUUUUUUUUUUUGAUUGCUCACUUCUUUAUGGACUUCUUAUUUCUCUAUUGGGAAUCUGAAGGGCAAGACUAUAAGAUAAAGGCACAAUAUAUGUCAGAAGGACUACAUAAAAAGAUCUGUUGUUAAAUAAAUAAGAAGACUGUGAACAGAUUUACUGAACUUGUGCUUCUAAGAUGGAAGAUAUUGAAAAUUACACCAGUUUACAAGAGUUUACUGAAGAUAUCUCUCAUUGUGGGAACAGACCUAUACUCUCAUCACAGAGCAAACAAGGUGUUCACAAAGGAGUGAAGUGUUUGAGAGGUCAGGUUUCUCUUGUCCUGCUUAUUGCUCUGCUGACCUCGGUUUGUGCAAACAUAGGACUUGGCGUUCUGCUGGUAAACAGCCGCAGAUCGUCCAUUUCUGCAGAGCCAGUCAACAGUGAGUCUGAAGCUGCUACUCUUUCUCUCAAACUUACCGCCACGCAGGAGCGUUUUUCCCGCCUUUGCUCUGAAUACACAAAUCUUGGUCAGGCUUGCUCAAAAUCUGUGAUCAAAUGUAGACCCUGUCCAGAAGACUGGAUGCAUUUAUCAGAGAAGUGUUAUUAUUUUAGUGAUGAUAAACUGGACUGGCAGCACAGUAAAGAGAGUUGUGCGUCUAUGGGUGGACAUCUGACGAUACUACACAGCCACGAACAACACCACACCCUUGAGGCGGUCGCGCGCAAUCACGGAGGAAUGGACUAUCAUUUCUGGAUCGGUUUAUCAGACACUGAGACUGAGGGAGUGUGGAAAUGGGUGGACAAUACAGUGGUUAAUAAGACGUACUGGAAUGAAUGGGAAAAAGAGCCCAAUAAUCACCGUUCAGGUGGAGUUCAUGGAGAAGACUGUGCAGUGCUGGACUCGAGAUCCAAGACCUGGUUUGACGUGCCUUGUGAUUUCCAUUACAAACGCAUCUGUGAGAUGGACCCCAUCGCCUUUAGCGUCUGAACUUCAGUGAAAUGUGAAUUAAUGUUGCUCUAUUUUUC